ACUGAAGAUAACCUCGGAGUUUAUCUGUCUGCAACUUUUGACUCGACCACGAUGUGCGGAAUUUUUGCAGUUCACGGAGUGGACAAGCCAGCCUCAGAAAGACCCAGAUAUAUUGCUUGCUCAAAACGACUUCGUCAUCGCGGCCCUGAUUGGUCUGGUUGCUUUGUCGGCGACGCUGCAGUCCUCGUCCAUGAACGUCUUGCCAUCGUUGGUGUCGAUACUGGAGCCCAGCCUCUCAUAAGCGCUGAUGGAAAGCUAAUUCUCACUGUCAAUGGAGAAAUCUACAACCACAUUGCUCUCAGGGAAACCCUCGCAGCGGACACCAAGUUCAAAACUCAUUCCGACUGUGAAGUUAUUCUGCCUUUGUAUAAAAAGUACGACAAGGACUUGUGCAACAUGUUGGACGGCAUGUUUUCAUUUGUCCUCCUUGACGAAUCGGUCACCCCCUCUCGUAUAAUCGCCGCCCGCGAUCCCAUUGGAAUUACGACCCUCUAUCAGGGAUGGGACUCCAAACGACCUGGGGUUGUUUUCUUUGCCUCAGAGCUCAAGGCUCUUGUCGAUGAAUGUGACAAGAUUGUUGCUUUCCCUCCUGGCCAUGUUUACGACAGCAAAGACGCGUCAACGACGCGCUACUACAACCCUUCUUGGUGGAAGGGCGAUGCUGAUGGACCAGAUGCCACAAUACCCACUUCACCAGCUGAUUUGACGCGCCUACGAGAGACCCUUGAGGCAGCGGUGCGCAAGCGACUUAUGUCUGAAGUUCCAUAUGGUGUCCUACUCAGCGGUGGGCUGGACAGUAGCCUGAUCGCCGCAAUUGCUUCUCGAGAAACGGAGAAGGCGGCACAAGCGCAAUUCGAGAUUAGGAAACGCAAACUUGCGAAUGCGAUGAGCGGAAACACAACCCCAACAGGGUUGAUCGAUGAGCGGGCAACCUUGGCUGCGUGGCCGCAACUCCACUCCUUCUCUAUCGGCUUGGAAAACUCACCUGAUCUCCUAGCAGCUCGAAAGGCGGCACACUAUCUGGGCACUGUGCAUCACGAAUAUACUUUCACCGUCCAAGAAGGAUUAGACGCCAUUCCAGAAGUCAUAUACCACCUCGAAACAUACGAUGUCACCACCGUCCGUGCGAGCACUCCGAUGUACCUUUUGAGUCGCAAAAUCAAAGCGAUGGGUGUCAAGAUGGUACUAAGUGGCGAAGGGAGCGACGAGAUUCUGGGGGGCUACCUUUACUUCCAUGCAGCACCAGACAGCACCUCUUUCCACCAAGAAACAGUAAAGCGGGUCAAGAACCUUCACACUUCCGAUUGUCUACGUGCAAACAAAUCGACAAUGGCAUGGGGUCUAGAAGCACGCGUCCCCUUCCUCGACAAGGCCUUCCUCGAAGCUGCCAUGAACGUCGAUCCCCGUGAGAAAAUGUUUACCAAAGGCGCGGAACAACAGGUCGAUGCCGAUGGGCGGCCACAUAUGGAGAAAUAUAUACUUCGCAAAGCCUUCGAUAUCUCAGUCGAUGGCAAACCCUACCUCCCAGCCUCCAUACUCUGGCGCCAGAAAGAGCAAUUUUCCGAUGGCGUUGGAUACUCAUGGAUCGACGGCAUCAAAGACCACGCGGAAUCGGCUGUUUCCGAUGAUGCAUUCGCCAAGGGUGCUGAGCGAUGGGCUAAUGAUGCUCCUAGCACUAAAGAGGCCUACUUCAUUCGCCAAAUCUUUGACGAUUUCUUCCCGUCAGAGGCAGCAGCCAGCACUGCUGUCCGUUGGAUACCCAGAGGUGAUUGGGGUUGUGCACCUGAUCCGUCGGGGAGGAGUGUGAGUAUCCACAAUGCAGCAUACGAAAUCGGCGAUUAG